AUGAGCAUAACGUUGGAGGUGGAGGAACCCGAGAAGCACCAAAAGAAAGUGAUGGAGAAAAUGGGGAACUCGGAUAGCUCAUUUACAAACGCAAUGGAACUUGCUCAAAUGGGAAUAAGCAGCGUUCCCAAUUGUUAUAUUCUUCCACCGGAACAUCGCCCUAACAUUAGCCAAAAUCUACCUUCGUCAACUGCAGAUUUGCCUGUCAUAGAUUUAUCUAUGCUAGAAAACUCAAUCCUUAGAGAGCUGCUAAUCAAGCAAGUAAGCUUUGCCUGCAAGGAAUUUGGUUUUUUUCAGGUGAUUAACCAUGGGAUUCCAUUAUCAGUCAUAAGUGAUGCAGUAGACACCGCUGCAGAGUUCUUUGAUUUGCCUAAGGAAUCAAAGAUGCAUCUUGCAUCUAAUAAUAUACACGAACCUGUAAGGAAGAAAAUGGGAGACUAUGCAGAAGCCGUGCACAUGUUAAAUGUAAAGCUGAUGGAAGUAAUAUUUGAGAGCUUGGGCUUAAGAGCAGAUUACUUACAGAAAGACAUUGAGCAAGGGUUCCAAGUAAUGACUGCAAAUUGCUACCCUGCAUGUCCCGAACCAAAUCUUGCACUAGGACUGCCGCCACACUCGGACUAUGGAUUCUUAACCAUCAUACUGCAAACACAUAAUGGUCUAGAAAUCAUGGACUUCAAUAAAAACUGGCGAUCUGUUCCGGUCAUUCUAGGGGGCCUUGUUGUUCAGUUGGGAGAUCAAAUGGAAGUGUUAAGCAAUGGUCGAUACAAGAGUGCAGUUCACCAAGCAACCUUAAAUCCAGUGAAAAGACGUUUGUCAAUUGCCAGUAUUCACAGUCUAGCUUUAGAGAAGAAGGUCCAACCUGCACAAGAGCUUGUCAACGAGCAACAUCCAUUGUCCUACAAAGGAACCAGUUUCAGAGAUUUUCUAGACUUUCUAUCGAGCAAUGACAUCUUGCACCUGAAGUACAUAGACACACUCAGAAAGAAUCCAUAG